AAGUAUGACAGUACGUGGUUAUACCUACGAGUUAGGAGGAGAUCUACCAGAUUUAAAAAUAGACAAUUCUACAGACCUGACUUUAAUGUAUUGUUGUAGAGAUGACGGAAACGCCGAUGAACCUAUACAAUUGCCACACGACUUCCCUUUUAUUUUGUUUUUGGGGCCAACUACCGACACGUGCCAAGAAGUGGAUAAUAUGAAAUGGACAUUGGAUGGAUUUUACCUGGUCAACGAACAUCUUAACUUUGAAUAUGAUGGAUUGCAUCCUAAUUUUACUGGCCAUGCUGUUUAUCAUAGACAUGUAGGCAUACCGUUGUGCUACUAUGAGCCAUUAAGUAAACGAGAGUGUGUCUUUAAGACUGACUUCGGAGCUUCAUAUAAAGGUCACGAAAAUAUUACGAAAUCAGGGAGGCACUGCAGCUUAUGGAAGGAUAAUAGCCUUGAGUUUACUACAAGUACCAGAUGGAUAGGGGAAUUUGAAGAAAAUUACUGUAGGAAAAUCGAUAUGGGAUUGAAAACUCCCCCUGGUUGCUAUAUUGGUGGUGAAUUUGAAAGCUGUGAUAUUCCAGAAUGCGAGGACGACCCAGAAUAUUUGGAAAUAUUUGGAAAGGGGAGAAGCUACAACUCAGCACCAUCACUUAGCAGCACACCUGCUUCUUAUGCAGUGGAUGGUUUAAUUGGUGCAGGACUAACUUUUAGAAAUUCCAGAUCGUAUUCUAAGCCAUGGUAUUUACUUAAUUUACAAGAGUAUGUUGAAGUUCAUGCAAUCGUUCUUUACCGAAUGCAAAUUUGGUUCCCAGUAAGCCACAGAUAUGUAGGAACGUAUGUUAGUAAAAAUAGAUGGGAUUUCCUGACAUAUGGAGCAUACAGAUGUGAGGAAAACCGAAAUCCUAGGAAAAAUGCAAUAUUUCGAUAUCAGUGUAAACGUCCUAUUGUCGGACAAUAUGUCAGUGUGACAAAUUUUGACUUUACUAAUGAAAACGCUAGACAGGGCUACUACCAUUUCUUUGAAAUAGAAGAGAUUCAAGUGAUAGGAAAAUCAACAAUGUGUGGACGACAAUUAGGUCUCAUAUCCGGUGAUGUUUACGAUUACCAGUUAGAAUCGUCCUCGAGGAAAGACAAAGAUCAUCUAUCAAACUAUGGUCGUUUAUUCUUCCCAGAAACUGGCUGGUGUUCUAGUUCUGAUGAUGUUUCUCCAUGGUUUAUAGUUGAUUUUAUUGUGCCUUUAAAACUCCAAGGUGUUGAGCUACAGGGAAUAAAAGACGGUUCAAAUGCACAAUUUAUUGACUCGUUUAAAAUAAUGUAUGGUAAUGACAGGAGCAACCUAACUUUUUACGAGGACCCGAUCGGAACAGUGAAGAUAUUUAUAAUCAAUCCGAUGAUAAGCCCACUGUCUAUUCAUCAGUUUAUUUUUAAUAAAGAAAUUUAUGGCAGAUACCUUAAAGUGGUUCCAGUGGAUUACAAAGAAGCAUGUUUAAAACUUGAAGUCAUUGGUUGUCCAAAACAAGUGAGACGUGACUUGUGGUGUAGAGAUACAAAAUUCGACUUUGGUUUUGAAGUCCUCAGAUAUCAUUCGUUUUGGAUGGCCGAGCAUCAUGAUAUAGAACGUAUGGGCAAAACAGGAAUAGAUUUGAAACAAUGUUUUGAACGCUGUCAAAAUAUAUCUUGCACUUCCUUCUCAUCUGAGUACCCGAACAGUCGUUGUACACUACAUUUUGGACACAAAUAUACUCCGGAGUAUCAUAGAUGGUGGAUUGAGGGUGUCGAUCCUGGAAAUGUCUACUAUCAAAGACUGUGUUUUAAAGGUUUGAAUUAUUGA